AUGGGAAAACAGCCUAAAACAGAUCCUACUAGCACAGAAAUCGAACUUCAGAUACACAACAACCAACUCCAGAAUGAACUUGGGCAACUGGAAGAAAAGAAUAAGGCACUUGAGACGCAGAAUGGCCAAUUCCAAAAGGAAAUUCAAUGGAGAAAGGCUCGCAAUGAAACGGAUGACAUCACUCUUGAUGCAGGAACAGCCCACCCCAACCUCUCCAUUGCUGGGGAUAAGAAGAGUUUGAAACAUGAAGCCCAACCUCAACAAGUUUCAUAUAACCCAGAGAGGUUCGAUUCGACUGUCUGUGUGUUGGGCUCUGAAGGAUUCUCCUCUGGAAAGCACUACUGGGAGGUGGAUGUCAGGAGCAGCACUGACUGGGACCUGGGCGUGGCCAGAAAAUCCAUACAGAGACAAGGAAAACUUUCCCUGUCCCCUAAAGAGGGAUUCUGGGCUCUGGGUCUGAGUGGGAGAGAUUAUUGGGCAAAAACAGAUCCAUGGACCCGGGUCAUAGUGCAGAAGAAGCCCAAGAAAAUUGGAGUUUACCUUAGUUACAAAGAAGGGCAGGUGACAUUUUUCAAUGUAACUGACAUGUCUCUGUUGUUCACAUUUAACGAUUGUUCAUUCUCAGGUGCUGUUUAUCCAUUCUUUAAAAAUUCCCACAAAGAAACAGCAAUGAAAAUUUGUUCAAUUAAAGAAGAGGAAUAAAUUUAUAAUGGCAGUGAGGCUCAGUUUUGUUGACCAGUCUAAUUUAAAGCCCCCUGACACAUUAUAGCACGGUUGACCAAACUGAACCAAAGCAAUAGAAUGUUUUGCAGCCAGAAGAAAGACAAAGUGGAAAAACAUUGCCUGUGAAAUUUUAGUUACAUACAUUGCUAAUGCUGCAGGGGUGGCUCCCCGUGUAACACAUGGAACUGUACUGGAAUCUACAACUGAGCUCUCGCAAACAGAGCUAUAAACUAGGAUUUUUUUUUUUGUAUUACUAACUACUAGUUUAUCUGGAUAAGGUAUAUUAGCAGCUAAGAGUAAGUGAAUGAUAUAUUAUGCUAAUGGAUCUGUGCUAAAUUGUACAACCAAUCUUCGAGUCAGGUAUAAAUAUAGGUGGGGAAUGCACACAAACUUGAGAAAAUUUGACCAGCUUCACUGCUGUCUUCAGGAUGGGUUGGUAACAAAUUGACUUUUCCUUUCUUUAUCAUGCUGUGUUAAUCUUUGAUUAAUAAUUUUUUAUUAAUAAAAUUU